AUUCACCCCCUACAUCACCAAAACGUCCCCGUAUUGCUGUUUUGUUUGCCUAUCCAUCCUCUACCUUUGCCAGCGGAGAGAGAGAGAGAGAGGGUUUAUCACUCUGUCCCCAAAAUCAGUUGCAAUGAAAUCAGUUACCCAACCCUUCUUCUUUUCCCUCCAAAUCCAACCGUUAAACCCCCACCGCCGCCAAACCUCCCUCCACUCUAUCUCCCCUCUCUCUCUCUCCUCCCUCAAAACCCACCCCAAACGACCCUUCCCAAUCAAAUCCCAACAAACCCACCUCAACGAAACCCAAUCCACUUCAACCCAAGACGACGGCAUCCCCAUCGACCACGUCAAGACCUUGGCCCGCUUCAAGUCCCUCCACAACCACAUCACUGUCGUCCAGGUCUCGCGCGCCGCCGACCACCCUUUCGCCGGCUCCCGCCUCCUCCUCCUCGACUCCCCCGGCAACAUCCACAGCAUCUCCUUCACCUUCCCCAACAGACGCCUCUUCACCUCCACCUACUUCGACGUCUUCGCCACCCUCCCCCCGAUCCUCCCCCCCGGCCCGCUCGCCGUCCUUGGGUUCGGGGCCGGGUCGGCCGCGAAAUUGAUCCUUGAAUCGUACCCGACCGGGGUUGUCCACGGGUGGGAGAUCGACCCCGCCGUGAUUUCGGUGGGCCGGGAGUAUUUCGACCUCUCGUGGCUCGAAAGGAAAUUCCCAGAUAGGCUUAAGGUGUAUAUCGGGGAUGCGAUGGGGGCGGAGAUUGAAGACGGAUUUUCGGGUAUUUUGGUGGAUUUGUUCAAUAAAGGGUGUUUGAUACCGGAGUUACAGGACCCAAGGACGUGGGAGAAGAUGAAGCGGAGGUUGAGGCGUGGAGGGAGGAUUAUGGUGAACGUGGGUGGGAGUUGUGUUGAAGCAGAGGAUGGAAGUGAUGGAAGAGUGGUGAUGGAAGAGAGUGUGAGGGCCUUGGAGAAGGUUUUUCCGGGCAGAGUUAGUGUUUUGACCAUGGGAAAUAGGAAUGAGGAUAGUUCUAUUGCUAUGACUGGGGAAAUGCCUGAUGUUGGUGAGUGGAAGACGGCUCUGCCUAAAGCUCUGAGGUUUUAUGCUGAUAUGUGGACUCCAUUUCAUGGGUAAAUUGGUUUUUCUCUGGUGAUGUUCUGGUUACAUCUUUCCAGGCCUUUUUGGCAGGCAGUUAGGCACAAGAGCAGGGUUCAAAUGGGCCUUGGAAGCUGAAUGAAAUCAUCGAUUGGUAUGUGCUUCAGGUGAAGGGUGAAAGUUUCUUCAGUUUGGUUAUGAGAUGAUCUUUUGACAGCCGCAGUUAUAACCUAUGGAUCGAGAGGAACCAAGGCCCGGGUCAAGCAAGACUAACAUGAGAGGCUAUCUGAGUUAUAAAAGAGAAUGGUGGAGCCAUUCCAGGAAAAUAGAGCCUUAUGCCAAGAUUGGGGUCCUUGUAAAAUCAUGAGAUCAGCUCAGGAGUUUCGUUCAGGGUUUUCUUUAGCCUCUUGUUUGUCUGUAUUGGCCUUUGCUUGAUCCUCUCGUUUGCCAGUAAUCGUUUCUGCUUGAUCCUUUUUGAUUGUGCUUGCUGUGUUGCUGAGUACUGGGUGUGUGCUCAUGUAUGGGCCUUGGUUGUAUUCCAGGGACAGCCCCUGAGAUGAUGUAUUUCUUGUUUGAGCUUUCAAUGAAAUUUGUACUUAUCAGGGAAAAAAACAUUGACGAGAAAACGGGAUAACAUUCACCA